CUCAUGCCUUUUAAUGCCUGGACUUACCAGCGUCUUGUUCGUUUCGUCAAAAUUUACUCACCGGGGGUAGAAAUCCAAUCCUUCCUGCAGUGCAGGAUCCAUAUCGUUACAAAGAGUGGAAUUUUGAGUCCCUAUUGACCCGCAUUGGAGAGCGAUGUCGCGUUGUUUUCUUAGCCGUGCCUCCUUGGGUAACGAGAGAAAUCAUGAUUCGCGCUUAUAUACGGAACCAAACAAAUGAAGAAUAUGUUUGGUUUGCGGUGAAUUUAGCCGAACAUUCACUCGGACCACCGACGUGGCAGCGAUUCGAAGUUGAUGAUGAGAUUGCCAAAGUUGCCUAUCGCGGCUUAUUACAGAUAAUCAAUUGCUGGGAUUAUGACACCGGUAUAGACCGUUUACGGGCAGAAUGGAGACGACGAACGGCUCUGGAUUAUAAUUCUACCUACCCCCUUAAAAGCGGUCCCAAUGAGUUCAGCGUAACAGCAUACGCCCUCGUCCAUACUUUAGCUCAGGCCAUCAACGAAAGUAUUGCGGCCGGAGAAGACACAACAAAUGCUCGAUUACUUACCAAACGUCUACAAAACCGACAGUUUCUCGUUCCGGUUAUUGGAGCAUUCCGUAUUGAUCAGUACGGAGAGCGACAAAACAAAGUCUGCGUCAAUGCUUUCAGUACACUAACGGGCGAGUUUGAGAGGAAGAUGAUCUGUGAUUCAACAAACUCCAAAGUCAAGUCAAUACCGGGAACGAAUAUUACGUGGGCAACCAAAACAGGUCUUCCUCCACCGAGUCAACCGUGGUGCGGCUUUACCGGUGAUGCUGAACGGUGCCGAAAGCCAGAUUCUACUGUCGCGACCGUUCUGGGAGUUUGUCUGCCAGUCCUCAUGAUGCUAGUGGCAAUGGGAUUUUAUAUCAAGCAUCGAAUCCAAAGAAUGCACGAUUUUUGGUGGAAAAUGCCGGUUGAAAGACUUGCAGAUAUUCAGGCAUUACCGGAAUUAAAAUCGCUAAACCAACGAAAUCAAAAUGAAAAUUCUUUCACCGGCAAGUGCUUAAUGGUACCCGAAGAGCAAAUUGUAUGGGUGCACAACUCUGCAGUUCCUCCGAACGCGCCGUUCCCCGACCGGAAAUCGCUUUGUGCGCUACGGAAGCUACGGGAGUUCUCGCAUCCCAAUGUCGGACUGUUAUACGGUAUCAUAGCAGUUGAUGGCAGAUUACUGAUGGUAAACGACUUUGCCGAAAAGGGAAGCUUAGCCGAUAUUUUGAAAACUGCAGAGAUGCAAGACCCGGAUCUGAGAAUCAGUUUAGCGGGUGAUUUUAUUGAGGGACUGUAUGCCAUCCAUCAUUCUUCACUGAAACGACAUGGGCGUCUCCAUCUAAAGAGAUGUCUGGUUAAUAAGCGCUUCGUUUUGCAAAUCUCCGGGUUGGCAUACAUAGACAUUUUGAAAGACGUCACCCAGGAAAAGGAUAUGGACUACGUCGCCCCCGAACUGCGAGUGCAAAGCAUGGAUUUGUGGAGCCGGUCAACAACGUCAGCGUCGGAUAUCUUUGUAUUUUCCUGUAUAAUCAAGCAACUGCUACCCGAGUACACCGACCCAGAAGAACACAGUAAUAUUUCUCCAGCAGUUGCUGCUGGAUUUCAAUCACUCGUAGCCAAAUGCCGGGAAAAUGACCCCGGUCAACGACCAACGAUAAAUGUCAUUCGAAGAGUUUUUUCCAAAAUGUUUGAUACCGGCAAAAGAAACCUCACCGAUAACAUUCUUCAACGACUGCAAAGACACGCGUUUCAGCUGGAAGAUGCAGUUACGGAGCGAACCCAUGAACUGGUUAAAGAAAUCGACGCCAAUCAGACCCUGCUGAGUGAACUGCUUCCAAGACAGAUUGUUAUACGGCUGAAAACUGAGAAAACAAUCCCACCCGAACAUUUCGAGUGCAUCUCCUUGAUGUUCUCUUACACUGUUGGUUUCGCUGAAUUUGUUAUCGACAAUACAGAUUAUCCUUUGCUUAUAAUCAAAUUCCUGGAUGAAAUGUUUCUUUCGUUCGACAACAUCGUGGGUCGCUAUGACGCGUACAAGGUGGAGACUAUCAAUGACAGUUAUAUGGUUGCCAGCGGUGUACCAGAGCGCAACGAAACACGUCAUGCCCAAGAAAUUUGCUUCUGCGCUCAGGGAUUCCGAAAGGCAUUUCCAGAAAUUGCCAGACGCAUGUCGCAUAGUUUGAACGUAAAAAUAGGGAUCAAUACCGGGCCAUGCGUCGCCGGAAUUGUCGGUACAACACGACCACGAUACUGCUUAUUUGGCGACACGAUUAAUACGGCUUCACGAGUGGCCGCAAACAAUACUGACUGGACCAUCCAAAUCACCCAGGCGACAAAAGAUUUAAUUGGGCAGACGGCGCUGCCAACUGAAUACCGGGGUCAAGUGUUUUUUAAGGGCAAAGGAAACCUCGAAAUCUACUGCCUGCUGGAGUGAUAUACCGUCCUAGAAUCCGGGCAUUAUAAACCUAUUGGAAUAGCAGUAGCAAGCAGUACAUUGAAACUAAUGCGAGUCCUGUGAUAUCGGUUUGGUGUAAUUAACAUUAAUGUGAUGUAGAGCGGGAUGAUGAUAAAUUUAUUAGUGGUAAACUGAUGAUGUUUUAUUCGCAUGCCGUGGCUUACAACUAAACAGCACGCGAACGGUGGCAUAGUGCGACGGUGCGUUGCCAAAUUAAUAUCCUUUACCUAGGGUGACCUAAACACCAAAUACUGCAUGAACAUGCAUUUCGGUAAGUCAUUUC